AUGCCCAGUUCACAACGCUUGGAAAACCCGUAUUGGGCCAGCGUGACGAAUUAUAAUCUAACCGCUUUCCUUAAGGGAGACCCGUGCAACGUAGUAGUGGAACGUAUAAUAGGUUAUUCUAAUGAAAUAAUUCCUCUUGUAUUUCACAGAUUAACAGCCCCAUACUUGUUCAUGCUGGGCGUGGUAGAGGUAACAAUGAAAUGGUUUGCGUCCAACUCUAUCUUCGAGCCACCGGCAAUGGAUCACGAGACAUGCCCUAAAUAUUGGUGGAGAAACUUACUGUAUAUUAACACACUUUUCCCAGUGGAACAAAUGUGUAUGCUGUGGAGUUGGUAUCUCUCUGAUGACACCCAGUUCUACGCAGUCAGCGCUAUGCUCCUUAUUUUGGCAACAAGCCACUUCAAGCUGUCAGUUGCUCUAACCAGCGUAUUUUUCGUCUCAUCUCUAAUAACGACAGGCUACGUUUCAUGGUCAAACGAUCAUAUCCCCAACAGCGAGGAUCCCUUCACGCAGUUUGACAAGAUCUAUGACAAGCCGUGGACGCGACUCGGACCGUAUCUUGUUGGCAUGGUCACGGGCUGGAUAUUAUUCAAAACCAACCUGAAGAUCAGAAUGAAUCGGAUAUGGGCUUGGGUUGGCUGGAUAAUAUGUACAUUUACACUACUUUUCCUGAUCUUUGGUCUAUACAAGACGGAACUGGGCGUGGCGUCCGCUGCUAUAUACAGUGCACUCUCGCAUUCGCUGUGGGCCGCUUGUAUCGGCUGGAUCAUUAUAGCCUGCUCCACUGGACAUGGAGGUUUUGUGCGACCGUUGCUAGCUGCACCCGUGCUGUAUCCAUUUUCGCGGGUGACGUAUUGCGCGUACCUGGUGCACCCCGUAGUGCUGCGGUACGUCGCCAUGCAUCUCACGCAUCCUAUACACCUUGGCGAGCUGCUAGUGUUCGUCUUAUUCCUCGGGCUGACGGUCAUCUCAUACGCCGUAGCCUUUGUGAUCUCCGUGGCCUUCGAAGCGCCCAUCGUAACCAUGCUCAAAAUCGUCAGUCCGCAGAAGAAGCCCCACCGGGUAUGACUAGAGGCCCCCGCUCCCCGCCAUCAACCCCGCACCCCAUAUAAAAACAACAUAAAUAGUCAUACAAACAAAGACAUUCAAGUGACUGUACCAGAGACGGCACUUAUACCAAAAGUGCAGGCAUAAUACUAAAGUACCAUUGUUAUAAUAAUAUGUAUAUGUAUUGUUGUAGUACAAAAUAUACACAGGGUGUUUACGUCCAUGCCUUCAAUUUUAUGUUUUAUUUUUAUACUCUUAGGAAUGUUUAAAUGAAAAAGACAUUACAAAUGACUGCAUUGAUAUUUUUAAUUCAUAAUUUUAUAUCAAACGUGUGAUAAUGAUAAACUACUUGAACACCAAAAGUAUUGUUGUAGGUGUCGUGAACAAUGCGUGUUAAUUCUUUGUACCUAAUUUAUUUGAUUAAUCACGUUCAUUGAGACGACAAUGGUGACGUCUUUAGGUCCUCAGCAUAUGAGGAGAUUGUAUAUUUUUGUUAACUUAAGGACAGAAAAAUUGUAAUGAAAUGUACUGUUGUUGUUGUCAUAUUGUCCCUCUCUCAGCUCUUGACAUUUGUCGUCACUCAGCUUUCAAAAAGAAACGAGAGCCGGCUGAAAAAUAACCUCUUUUUACUGUUACAGAGUUACCGAUAAAAAAACUAUACUGGCCACUAUCGUGACGUAUUCGUUGGUUUUUUUUUUCAAAAUUAGUGACCCUCUUUUGUUACAUUUCGCUUUUCAUGAAUAACACGUCGGAAGAACUGUUUUUUUAUAUAUCAAGCUUAGAAUAAUAACGCAUAGAAUGAUAGUUUCAUAUCAAACGAACAGUCACAAGUGAGGCAAAAAUCAAAUUCAUGU